AUGCCCGAUGAAGACAUAGAAACGUGGGAUGAAGCAGCUGUUGUAAAGGCCAUAGACCAGGCGAGGGGGCUUAUGAGUAAGGCCACCUCGUACAGGUCCCCUCUGUUCUCUUGGGAGGAGGCAAAGUCCAGCCACAGGGACACUUGCAAGGAUAACCAGCAGAGGAAGAGGGCAAUCACUAUGACUGCAAGGACCCAGAAGGCUACUGCCUUCCUCAUCAACAGUUUGCCACUUUUUGUCAACAAGGCUUUACCUUUACCUUUGGACAACGUUCUCUCCCUCAUGGACCCACUUAAGCUUCUUCUGAAAACGCUGGGCAUUUCUGUUGACCAUCUUGUGGAAGAGCUAAGGAAGUGUGUGAGUGAGCUGGGACCAGAGGCCUCUGUGGCCGUGAAGAAACUGCUGGAGGCACUCUCAUAUUUGGUGUGA